AUGUCAAAGCCACGGGGCAAGCUCGCCCAACUGGUGCCCCGUGCUGCCUCCCGUCACACCUGGAAGACUGAAUUCGAGUGGUACCGACGAAAUUUCCACGGGUUCCUUCAUACGAGCCUUGUGGGACCAAUAGUUGUUAUAUUUCUCACUGCCCCGUACGUGGUUCCCAAGCAAAACACGAUCCUUAUGGCUAUCGUUUGGGGGAUUAUAGGGGGCUUUAGCAUUACGAUUGGAUACCAUCGACUUUGGGCUCAUCGAUCAUUUACGGCAUGCAUAGGGAUAAGAAUUGUACUUGCUGUCAUUGGAGCUGCCCAGAAUCAAUGGCCCAUUCUAUGGUGGGUGAAACAUCACCGUGCCCACCAUAAAUAUACGGAUACGGAUCAAGAUCCAUACAAUGCCAAAAGAGGCCUACUCUUCUCUCAUAUUGGCUGGCUACUUGGACUGAACGAGAUUGCGUGGGGCCCAGUGGACUUGUCAGACCUGAAACAGGAUCCAGUCGUCAUCUGGCAAGAUCGAUUAUACUGGCCUAUUCUUAUCACGAUCGGUAUUCUUCUACCUGGUGCCGUAGCUCAUUGUGGCUGGAAUGACUGGAAGGGUGGGAUGCUCUACGCAGGGGUGACACGGAUCAUCAUAACCCAACAUAUCACUUUUCUGAUCAACUCAGUGGCUCAUGCUUCGUGGGCUGGGACUCAGCCGUACUCUGCUUGCACAACUGCACGGAAUAUCCCUCUUCUCGCCAUUUUAACCCUCGGAGAAGCAAACCACAACUUCCAUCAUGCGUUUCCGACUGAUUAUCGGAAUGGAGUGAAUUGGAUGGAACCGGACUUUUCGCGAUGGAUUAUCUGGCUCUGGGAGAGACUCGGGUGGGCGAGUGAUUUAAAAACUGCCAGCCGACUUGAGAUCGAACAAGCCCGCCUCAACCAGCAGAAGGAAAGGACUCAGCGUCAGGGAGGCAAUCAUGAGGUCAACCAGGCCUUGUUCAAGCUCCCUCGAAUGAGUUGGGAAGAGUAUAAGCAGCGAUCUGAUAAUUUAGACAACCUCAUUUGCAUCAACGGGGUGGUAUAUAACGUAGCAGAUUUCAUGGACGAUCACCCAGGUGGUCGUGACCUGAUUCAGCAAUCACUUGGGAAAGAUGCGACCGGGCUUUAUCAUGGAAAUCACCUACAUUCUCCCCAUGCCGAUAACAUCUUGAAGGGUCUACAGGUCUCAAUGUUAGAAGACUCUUGUCAAUGA